AUGCCUGACGAAAUGGAUAUUGACGAUUACUCAAGAGUAAGUCACUCGUAUAUUACUGGUUCAAAUCCUUUACAUUUUAGCCUAACAAAUAAGGAUCGUAAUUCUUCUCCAAGACGGGAUGAAAGAGAUCGUUCUCCAACACGAGAUGCCGCUAGUGAUCCCACUUUUUCAACCAAUGCAUACAGCAAAUUCAGAAGACAGCCAGAAAGAGAGAGUUACCGAGUUAGGCUCAAUAGCAAUCGGGAUAGACGAGUAGGCAUUGAAAACUACCGUGACCGCGAGUUCAAAGCACACACGGGAGGUCCCCCAGGUAGGGACUUCAAAAUGAAAUCUGACCGAGACUACACAAAAGGCGUUUUUAUUGGUAACUUACCGUUUCAAUGCAGCUGGCAACAGCUGAAAGAUCAUUUCAGUAGUAUCGGAGAGGUGCAUCGUGCAGACAUAGUAACUGAACGAGGACGAUCCAGAGGAAUGGGCACCGUUGAAUUCGUAAAUGAAGAAGAUGUGAAGCUAGCCAUUGAAAAAUUAGAUCACACCAUUUUUUUGGACAGAGAAAUAUUUGUCAGACAAGACUACCCACCCCCAGAUAAGAAUCGAGUUUUUGAAACCCGCCCGAGACGAGACACUCCUGAAAAUCGAGAUUAUAGAGAACCUCCAAGGGAUGGUACUGAGAUUUUUGUUGGUAAUUUACCAUUCAGAACUCAGCGUAAAGAUCUAGCCGAUUUAUUUGGGCGAUUUGGUGGUAUUGAUUACGUAGAUAUUAGACUUGACCGACUAGGUAGGUCUAAAGGAUUUGGAACUGUCGUCUUUAAAAAGCCUGAGGAUUCAGCGAUAGCAUUGAAAGAGUUACAAGGGUUCCAAUUGGACGGUAGAAAGUUAGAUCUUCGUGAAGGGGUCGGUUCUCGAAGAAGGGACCGAACGACACGUGAAACAACGUAUCCUCUAAGGAAGACUUUGAGGUUGAAUGAGAGAAUUUAUGCAAACGGACCCCCGUCUUCUACAAUUUUUAUUUCCAAUUUGCCUUGGGCCACUACUGAUGAUGAUUUAUAUGAGUUAGUUGAAAGUAUUGGACCUGCUAAAAGAGCAGAAAUUCAACUAGAUGAAAAUGGGAGAUCAUCUGGUAAUGGAAUCGUUGAAUUUACUGACUCGCUGACUGCAGAGUCUGCUAUAACUAAAUUGGACAACUAUAAUUAUGGUAAUCGUGACCUGUGUCUUAGUUACGCAUCAUUCUACUCUGGAAAUAGGCCUCUCAAAGAUGAUGCUGAGUUGUCUGAUAUCAAAGACGAUGUUCGUCAUUCGCGCAGCCUUGAGGAUUCCGAAGUUGAAACAGACGGAUAA